CUGAGCCGGGGCAUCCCGGGAUGCAGCUUCACGCUAGGCCCCGGCUCAGCCCUCCCACCUAGGCCGCAGCCUAGGCCUCAACCCCCCACCUAGGCCGCAACCCCUACAGCGCUCGUUGGUUGAAGCCGGAAGCGGCGCUGGAGGCGGCGGGGCCGCCAUGAAGCGGGACGUGCGGAUCCUGCUGCUGGGGGAGGCCCAGGUGGGGAAGACGUCCCUGAUCAUGGCUCUGGUGGGAGAGGAGUUCCCCGAGGAGGUGCCACCUCGAGCAGAAGAGAUCACGAUCCCGGCUGAUGUCACACCUGAGAAGGUCCCCACGCACAUUGUGGAUUAUUCAGAGUCAGAGCAGACUGAGGAUGAGCUGCAAGAGGAGAUUGCUAAGGCCAAUGUGGUCUGUGUGGUGUAUGAUGUCACCAAGGAAGCCACGAUUGAGAAGAUUCGCACAAAAUGGAUCCCCAUGGUGAACGGAGGAGCUGAAAAGGGUGCCAGGAUCCCCAUUAUUUUAGUUGGAAACAAGUCUGACCUGCAGAUGGGGAGCUCCAUGGAAGUCAUCCUGCCCAUCAUGAACCAGUUCUCAGAGAUUGAGACCUGUGUGGAGUGCUCUGCCAAGAACCUCAAGAACAUCUCUGAGCUCUUCUACUAUGCCCAGAAAGCUGUGCUGCAUCCCACGGCACCCCUCUAUGACCCGGAGGAGAAGCAGCUGAGACCUGCGUGUUCAAGAGCGUUGACCCGGAUUUUCAACCUCUCAGACCAAGAUAACAACCAGAUCCUCAGUGAUGAUGAACUCAACUACUUUCAGAAGUCCUGCUUUGGAAACCCAUUGGCUCCACAGGCCUUGGAGGAUGUGAAGAUGGUUGUAUGGAAGAACACCACAGAUGGAGUGCAGGACAAUGGCCUGACGUUAAAUGGCUUCCUCUUCCUCAACACACUCUUCAUCCAGAGGGGUCGGCAUGAGACCACAUGGACUAUCCUUCGCCGCUUUGGCUACGAUGACGAGCUGGAGCUGACAGAAGACUAUCUGUACCCACAGUUCCGCCUGCCCCCUGGCUGCUCCACGGAGCUCAACCACCUGGGCUACCAGUUCCUGCAGCGGCUCUUCGAGAAGCAUGACAAGGACCAGGAUGGUGCCCUCUCUCCUGCAGAGCUGCAGAACUUCUUCAGUGUCUUCCCCUGCAUGCCCUGGGGCCCUGAGCUCUACAACACGGUAUGCACCACUGAUAAAGGCCUGCUUUCCCUGCAUGGAUUUCUCUGCCAGUGGACCCUCACAGCCUACCUGGAUGUGCGGCACUGCCUGGAGUGCCUCGGCUACCUGGGCUACCCCAUCCUCUCAGAGCAGGACUCCCAGACUCAGGCCCUCACAGUGACCCGGGAGAAGAGGAUUGACCUGGAGAAAGGCCAGACCCAGAGAAAUGUCUUCCUAUGCAAGGUGCUGGGAGCCGGGGGUGCAGGCAAGUCUGCCUUCCUGCAGGCCUUCCUCGGCAGGAGCCUCGCGACUCUGGCUGGCUUUCAAGGGCAGUGGCUGUUAGACCGCAGGGAUCAGAGCAGCGUGAAGUGCUCUCCCUCCCCUAAGCACUCUCCCUGCUGUCUGAGACGGUGUUUUCAUCCAUGGCAGGCUCAGAGGGAGAGCCCAGGAGAGCCAUCUCUCUACGCGAUCAAUACUGUGCAGGUCAACGGCCAGGAAAAGUACCUUAUACUGCACGAGGUCAGUGCUGAGACGCAGUUCACAAAGCCAUCGGACGCAGCCUGCGACGUUGCCUGCUUGAUGUAUGACCUGAGUGACCCCAAAUCCUUCAACUACUGUGCCAGUAUUUAUAAGCAACACUACAUGGACAGCCAGAUCCCCUGCGUUUUUGUGGCCUCCAAGACAGACCUGCCAGAAGCGAGCCAGCAGCCCGGGCUGUCCCCUGCUGAGUUCUGCUACAAGCACUGCCUCCCACCACCAUUCCUCUUCUCCUGCCAUGGCCAGGGCCCACCCAGCACUGCUGUCUACACCAAGCUGGCCACCGCCGCCACGUUCCCCCACCUGAACGCCGUGGAGCUGGGAGCUGCAUCCUUUUGGCUCCGGGUGGCCCUGGGGGCUGCAGUCACCGCCCUGGUGGGGUUCACGCUGUACCGUGUGCUGGCCAAGAACAAGUGAGAGCUGCUCUCCGCCCCGACCUCCCUGUGCCACCGGCUCCCCGUCCUGAGUGAUGCCCCAUGAGGACCCGCUGGUCCCAGGUGGGAAAUCCUCCUCCCCCAGCCUCAAUUGCAAGGACCAGAGAAGCCAGAGUUCCCAGCACCAGCAGGAUCGAUCCUUGGCACCAGUCAGCCUCACCUCGCUGGCCCCUGGGCACCUCGCCUGUGUGGCAGCUGGGGGCCUCCUCCCUGGAAGCCAAAGGGAUCACUCCCUUCUUUUAUUCUGUUAAUGAUUUUUUUAACGUUUGUUUUUAUGUUCACGCAGUUUCUCUGUCCAUGGGUUGGGCACGUCCCUUCUGCAGGGGGCCCAGCUGGAGCCCUCAGUUCUGUAGGGUGAUGCUCCUGGAGCCCUCAGGGCGUGCAGCAGUGCCAGCACUGAGGCUGUCAGGAUUUCUGCCUGCUGCAGCAGUGCUGGACAGCUUUGGCCCUAUAAGGCACACCCCCAUCCCAAGUCCCUGUUUCCCAAUAGCAUUCCAUCUGGAUUUUGGCCCAUCUGCCCUCCUCCCCUACCUACCUGUGUGUCCUUUCCCUCUCCCCCACAACUGCUGUUCCCAGUGCCAGAGAACACUACAUGGGCUGAGGAUGCCCUUUCCUGGCAGUGCCAUCGUAUGAUCCUUGUCCUGCUGUUCCCUCUUGUGGGUCCCUGAGCGUUGCACCUCCUGGUACAACUGGAAGCUGUUUCUCCCCCAUGCCCAGCUCCAGCCCAUUGGCAUUUCAGCCAGCAUCAGUUUGGGGCUGCCCCUGUUCUCAGCAUCCCAAAGAGUGAUACCAGCCUGUGCUGCUCCCUCGGAGCUCCACACUCUACUCACCCCUACCCCUGGCUCCCAGCCCACUUCUGCUGUGCCAGGGGGAGCUCCUGGUGAAAUAAGUGGCACUAGCUCUUAGGCUGCACUCAGGGUAGGCUUAUUUACAGGCAGCUCGGGGCAGCACCGAGGGGCAGCCCGUUGUUUCUUUAUCCCUUUGUCUAUUUAAACUUUUACUGUAACCUGGAGCCAACAAGGGGUUGGAGAAGCCAUGAUUUGAGGGAAGCAUCCUGCCGUGCUGCCCCCAUCCCAGCAGUGACACUGAUCCAUCCAGAGCUGCUUUUGCCAGCCUGGGGUUCUCCCCUGGUACCCACAGGGUUGUGUCCUUGGGCUUUUCUAUUCCCAUUCCGUCCUGCUGCCCGCCAGGAGUGUGUCCAUGGGGCAGAGUCCUGGAGCACAGGGAUGUCCCUAUGCCCCGCAUUGCUCCGGGCCUGGCACGGCUGUUCUGUUUUAGUUUUGUUCUCUACAAUGGAAUAAAUUUUUACACACCUUCCAUUCACA